AUGCAAGAUACGAUGCAGGCUACCAAUUCCCAAGCCGGUUUGAUAUGGCUUCCAUCUUUCUUGCCUCAUGUCUUGGGUGUCUAUACAACAGUUAAAUUGGCUGAAAAAUAUCCCCAAUACCAAUGGCUUAUGGCUGCGGUUGGACUUCUUCUUGAAGGCAUAAGUUGCCUUUUUAUUCCUAUGUGCGGCAAUUUUGUUGCUCUAAUGGUUCCCAUCUGCAUUCUCUGCUACGGCAUCGCUCUGGUUGACACUGCAAUCCUUCCAUGCCUGGGAUAUCUUGUGGACACUCGUUUUGUCUCUGUCUAUGGCUCUGUAUACGCUAUUGCUGACAUAUCUUAUUGUGUCGCCUAUGCUAUCGGACCGAUAGUUGCUGGGAACCUUAUGAGUAUUAUGAAUUUCAUGGGUCUAAAUAUUUGCAUUUGCAUUAUCACCUGUGCCUAUACACCAUUACUAUACAUUCUACGAAAGUGUCGUAUUCCAGAUGAGGAGAGAAACAAGAAGAUGGGUAUCAUUGACGAAGAGGAGGAUGAAGAACAACUAGAGGCUUUAGAUGAAAUAAAAAAUCUGAAAUCACAGGAUUCAAUGAGCAGAAAAUCUCGACUUAAGCGCCAAGAGACAGCACGCUUUGAGCCGGCCGGUUGUCGACGAGCAACCUCAAUUUCCAACGAAUUUGCAAUGCGUUUAAAGCAGCUUUCAAUGGAAUGCCCCGGUUAUGAGCAAGGAGAUGCCCCCAAUGUUAUGGAGGCUAAACAGGUUUAUUUGGCGGACGGAUCAAGAGGCGUUGUUCUAACUUCUCAGAAUACUAACAUGCCAGAUGGGAAAGCAACGUGGGAGAUGUCAAGAAGCGUGAAGGAGUUUGUUCGUCGGAUUUCAUUACAGGACCUCGAAGGAUACCCAGAAUGGGAUUUAUCGAAACCCCUGCCGAGAUUACCAGUGCCAGAGCUUCGAACCACUCUCACUCGUUAUCUUGGUGUGGUGGCACCCAUUGUCGACGAGGAGACCUUCGUAAGAACUCGAUGUCUUGUGCAUGAAUUCCUGCGUUCUGGCGGUGAAGGAGACAAACUUCAGGCUGAACUCAAAGCCUAUGCAAAAACACAGAAUAAUUGGGCAUUUUCUUGGUGGCUGGAUGACAUGUACCUCAAAAAUCCCCUUUCAUUGCCAGUGAACUCGAAUCCGGGAAUGGUUUUCCCGCGUCACCAAUUCAUUAGCGCACGUCAACAACUUCGAUUCGCAGCUCAAUUGAUUUCUGGAAUUUUGGAUUACAAAACUAUACUUGAUACGAAAGGGCAACCACUCUGUAUGGAACAAUAUUAUCGUCUUUUUACCUCCUAUCGCUAUCCGGGUCGCAACAAAGAUAAACAAGUGACUCGUGAUCUUUCGGAGGUGGCUCAAGAUGCCCACUGCAUUGUAGCAUGUCAAGAUCAGUUCUAUAAACUCGACCUGCUGUCACAAGAUUAUCGACUUGGUGAGGAGGAGAUAUAUAAUCAACUUCGUCGGAUUGCCAGGAAGGCCUACGCCAAUAAGGAGAAGGUUCCGCGAAUUGGGGCAUUGACAGCUCUGCCUAGACUACGGUGGGCGGAGGUCUACGAAAACCUCUCCAAAGAUCCCUUGAACGCUCAGAACCUGGACGACAUUGCAAAGAGCAUGUUUAUUCUAUGUCUGGAUAAUUCUCCCGUACCGGUGAUUGAAUCUCUUGACGAAACCGAAAUCACUGCUGAAAAUGGCGAGGAGUACGUGUCUGAGCACUCGCAGGGGAUUCAAUACCGAAAAGACGCUUUCCUUGCAGAACAGAUGCUUCAUGGACAAGGCAGUAAAUAUAAUGGAGCUAACCGAUGGUAUGACAAAACUAUGCAGUUUAUUGUAUCUCGAGAUGGCAACUGCGGUCUUAACUACGAGCAUUCAGUGGCGGAGGGCGUUGCUGUUAUCCGACUCAUCGAGUACAUCCUUAAAUAUAUGGAAGAGGUUAGAAGUUGGCAGUUCAUUCGACACACUUCGAUCUGUUCAUUGCCCGAACCAACGGUACUUCGAUGGAACGUGAAUGAUGGCACCCAAGCUGCCAUCAACGAAGCUCUUUCCGAGAUUGACCGACUAGCAGAAAACCUGGACCUCUUUGUGUUGAGAUUCAACGAAUUUGGUCGGGACUUUCCGAAAACCGUCAACAUGAGUCCAGACUCCUUCAUUCAACUCGCCCUUCAACUCACCCACUACAAAAUUCACGGCUGUCUUGUGGCGACAUAUGAAAGCGCAUCGACAAGACGCUUCCAGCAAGGUCGUGUGGAUAAUAUUCGAGCAUCCUCUAUCCCGGCACUCGAAUGGUGUCGCGCUAUGGUGGACAAAAAGUGUUUAACUACGAUGGAUGAUCGAAUUCGAUUGCUUCGAGCUGCAAUGGAUUGGCAGACAGAAGUUAUGCUUGAAACAAUUUUGGGUUAUGGAGUAGAUAUUCAUCUGCUGGGCCUACAACAAAUUGCUCAAAAACAGGGAGGACGAAUGCCCGCAAUAUUUGAAGAUCCAACAUACAAAAGGGCAAAUCAGUUUAGACUGUCUACUAGCCAGGUUCCAACAAAGAUGGAUGCCUUCAUGUGCUACGGAGCUGUAGUACCAGACGGAUAUGGUACGGCAUAUAAUCCCCAUCCUGAUAGUAUAGUUGCUGUAAUCAGUAGUUGGAAGAGUAAUUCAGACACCAAUGCCGAACAAUUUGCCAAUCACCUGGAACAAUCCCUGAUAGAAAUGCACGAUCUCGUUCUAUCAAACCCAGAACUGGCAAAACAGAAGUCGCCAGAGCCGAAUCAAUGGACAAUCCCCGAAGAAAUUACCGGGGUACCAGAAAACUGA